AUGGAUCUCGUACAAGGAGUUGGUGAACAACAAAAACUAGGCGACCACAAUCCACAACCGCAGCAAUCACAAAGUCGCACGACCAUAAAGCACGUCGAAAUCCUUGAUUCAACUCUACGUGAAGGGGAACAGUUUAAUGGAGCUAAUUUUACAUUCGAGCACAAGAUGCAGAUAUGUCUCUCACUUGCACGUUUCGGUGUAGAAUACAUUGAGAUGAGUUCACCCGCGUCCUACUCGAACGCCAUAGAUGAAUUGCGUCAACUUAUAUGCGCGCUUGAUGGGAUGAAAAGCAAAAUACUCGUCCAUUGUCGAUGUCACUUAGCCGAUGUUGAAUUAGCAUUGCAAAGUGGUGCAUAUGGAAUUAAUUUAUUUAUUGGUACGAGUUCUUAUUUGAAAAAUGCUAGUCAUGGAAAAUCGAUCGAGCAAGCGACUCAAACGGCCGUCGACAUGGUGAAAUAUGUCAAGAGUCAAGGUUGUCAAUUUGUUCGUGUCGGCGCCGAAGAUGCGUUUCGUACGAAUCUCGAUGAUCUUCUUUACAUGUGUACAGCACUGAACGAUGUCGGUGUUGAUCAAAUUGAUUUUCCUGAUACUGUGGGUGGAGCCACGCCAUUUGAAGUCUACGAACGUAUUCGAAAUGUUUCAAGUCGUUCAUUCCAAUUCAAAAUCGAGUUUCACGGUCACAAUGAUACGGGUUGUGCUGUCGCGAAUUCACAUGCAGCAUUGGAAGGAGGUGCACUUUGUAUUGAUACCUCCGUACUUGGUAUUGGUGAACGUAAUGGCAUUUGCUCGUUGAGUGGAUUUAUCGCUCGUCUUCAAUCCCUUAAACCUGAACUCUUAACAAAGUAUGAUUUAAAUGAGCUGCCAAAAUUGGAUACACUCGUGGCUAACAUACUUGGCAUUUCGAUUCCACAUGACAUGCCAAUUACAUCUCCGUUUGCAUUUACACAUAAAGCAGGCGUACAUAUUAAGGCAAUGCUUACUGAUUCUCGUGCGUACGAAAUCAUGCGACCUGAAGACUUUGGUAUUGAGCGUACAUUGAACAUUGCGACUAGAAUUACAGGAAAACACGCUGUGGCUCAUAGAGCAAUUCAGUUGGGUAUCAUCACACUCAACAACGAUCAACUGAUAGCGAUCGCUGAGCAAGUACGUGAGGAGGGUAGCCUUAAACCGAUUUCACUUGACACGGUGGAUAUUAUCAUAAAAUCCUUCUUGCACAAUUAG